CGCCACUUCAUUCCCCAAACCCAAUUUCAGAAUUCUCUGGGUUCCGUUCUUCUUCUCUCCAGCAAUACACUCAUUCAUCCUCAAUCUCUCCAAUUCAACAGCUUUUGCUGCUUCACCAGAGAUUUAGGUGAUAUGUGUGAGAAUUAGGGUUUCAUUGAAAAGUCCGUAUUAGGUUUAGAGGUCUCUGGUUGCAAUGAGAAGCCGUUCGCAUCGGCUUCCGAUUGCGGAGCCCCGCCACGACGACUGGGUGGACGGGUCAUGGACGGUGGACUGCGUCUGCGGCGUGACUUUCGACGACGGCGAGGAGAUGGUUGAUUGCGAUGAGUGCGGGGUGUGGGUGCACACGCGCUGCUCGCGCUACGUCAAGAGCGAGAAAUCGUUUGCCUGUGACAAGUGCAAGAGCAAGAGCAGCGGCGGGGGUGGCAGCAGCGGGGUUAGGAAUGAAAGCGAGGAGACAGAGGUAGCGGAGUUUUUAGUUGAGUUACCGACCAAGACGCUGAGUAUGGAAAAUCCGAAUCCACCGGCUGUAGCAUCGCGUAGGCCUUUUAGGCUUUGGGCCGAUAUUCCCAUGGAAGAGAGGGUUCACGUGCAAGGGGUGCCCGGUGGUGAACCUGCUUUAUUUUCUGGGAUUGGUAUGUCUUCAGUUUUUGGACCUCAGUUGUGGAAGUCUACAGGUUAUGUUCCUAAGAAGUUUAACCUUAGGUAUACUGAGUUUCCUCUCUUGGGUCAGGGAAAGGUUGAUGAGAAGGAAUACGAAGAGAUUGAUACGGCAAAUGGUGAAAAGAAUGCCAACAAAGCUGAUAAUGGUGCUCAGGUUUUAUUCUCUUUGUUGAAGAAACACAAGGAUACUUCGCCUGCUCCAGUGGUAGAUUCUGUUAGCUUAAAAGGGGUUGUUGAAAGGGGCGCAUGUCAGGAAACAGAGGCACCUAGACAGAAGAAGAAAUUAGAUGGUGACAAACUACAUUCUGCCCCGGAGUUAAGCGUAAAGAAGAAGAAAAAUUCGGUGACCGUUAUAUUGCACUCUGGAAAGCGCAAAAAAGAGGAACUCAGAACAAAGGAUCAAAAUGUAAAGAAAAAGGUUAGGGCUACUGAUAAAGAGGGUGAUUUUAAAAAGCAGAAUGUUCAUGGCUCGAAAGCAGCUUCAACAUUCUCAAGAGAUGGAAAACAUCUGGAGUUUUCUCAAGGAAGAAGCUGCAAGGCUGUCAGUGAUGAUUUUCAAUGUGGCAAAGAUCUUGGCGAUCAACCAUUGGAUCGUCUUGGUGAAUGUGCUACCAACUUAGCCUCAAAUGAGCAUGGUCUAGAGGCCAACCCUAGAAAUGAUGUUUCAAGUGGUGAAAAGUUGCGGGUUGGCAAUAAAGGGGCUCAAGUUCCUCUGGAAUCAGAGAAUGUCUCCAAGACCUGUAAUGGUGUGGAAUCUUUAACUGAAGUGAAUGGUCCCCGGAGCUCAAGUGUAAAGGAAGAGGUUACUGGUGAUACACAUCAGAGAUGUCAAGCUGGUACUGGAAGUGUAGGAACUGGCUCAUCUGUAAAGGAGCCUGUUGCUGCGCAUGUUAGAAUUGCUGCUGCAGAUGCUAAAGAAAGUGAACACGGUCAAGAUUUAGAUAUUGAUGAGGCCAACUCACGGCCUAUUAAGAAACUGAAAAUUGAGUCAGAUGCCGAUGAUCACAGGGGCCAGUUGGUUGAGUCUCUACAUUUGAAUAACGUAAAACUAGACGCGGCCACCGAAGCCUCAACUCAGUCUCCUGGAUUGUCUGUUAAUGUUGUCACCGGGGAAGGAAAAGUGGUUGGGACGUCUACUGUAAACACAGAAGCAACUGAAGCUAAGGUCCUUGAUGCUAGCAGGAGCUAUGUUGUUGGCCGUUCUAAAACGAAUAAACCUGAUGGCUCAGCUGAAGGUACCCCUCAUCCCAAGAGAGAACAUUCAGGAUCAGAAGGUUCUGUCGGAGCAAGAAAAAGGUCAUCAGGGCUUAAACCGAGCUCGGAAGUGGCUGAUGAAUUACUCAAAUCAAAUGGAACAUCGAGAAGUCAUUCAACAGCUUCAUAUCAGCGUAAAGCAGGAGUUUCUGUGUUGAGAUCCACUUCUUCCGGUAUCAUGUCCAAAUCCUCUGAAAAUUACAUGGCUGCAACUGCUCAAAAUUCCUCUGUACAUAUUAGACAUGAGUUGUCUGAUAGCAGUCAGGGAACUAUGAAAGACAAUGCUUCAGCUGAUAAAGUUGAGCAUGUAGAAAAAUGUGGGAGGCCAAAGAAAUUAGUUAAAGACUCUUCAAGAUCAGGCCCUGUGGCUAAAUUAUCAGAGACCAAGAAAAUUUCCAACUCAUUUGAUUCAAAAAAGGCAUCAGAUUUAAAGGAUCACAGCCUUCAUUCUUCUUCUAAAGUACCACUGGGCUCAAAUGUUGCAUCUAGUCAUGUUGCUGGUGAGUGUGCUAGUCUGCCAUCAGUGGAGGGUGCUUCCAAUAAAGCGGUAGCUUCAGCUGUUUCUGGAAAAGGUGAAAAGUCUUAUCAGACAGGUUGUAACCCGCCAUCUAAAGGACAUGUAAUUUCAAUGACCUCUCCAGCAUCAUCAAAUAUUCCCGCUACCUUGAGUGAUGAAGAGCUUGCUUUACUUUUACAUCAAGAACUGAAUAGUUCUCCAAGAGUUCCUCGGGUGCCACGGAUGCGUCAUGCUGGAAGUUUACCUCAGUUAACAGGUCCAAAUGCAACUAGUGUGCUGAUGAAGAGAACUUCUAGUGGUGGAAAAGAUCAGGGCAUGGCUUCUAGGAGGAGGACCAAGGAUUUUUCUGGAGAUGGAUCGCACGCUCCUCUGGAAGUUGUCAACGAAGUUAAAAAGAUGGAGAGAAAACCUACUUCGCAGGAUAACAGGAGGCAUAAUUCCAGUUACAGUGCAGAUCAGCUUUCAAGAAAAGAAGUAGAUGGUGCUCUAGUGAAAAGUGUGCAAUCAAUGAAGAAGACAAACACGAACAGCUCCAUGUCAUCAUCAGUGGAUGCUAAUGGCCACAAUGUAUCUAAUCGCCCAUCAUCAAGGAGUGCCGCUGAUGAUGAUCGGCAGAUGGUUAGUCGUCAGACAAAUCGUACUUUGCCUGGUUUGAUUGCUGAGAUUAUGAGUGAAGGCAAACGCAUGACCUACGAAGAACUCUGUAACGCUGUUUUACCGCAUUGGCCUCACCUAAGGAAACAUAAUGGAGAGCGCUAUGCAUAUUCAAGCCACUCACAGGCCGUACUUGAUUGUUUGAGGAACCGAAGUGAAUGGGCUCGUCUAGUUGACCGUGGGCCAAAGACUAGUGUGAGUAGAAAACGAGGCAAACUUGAUACUGAUUCCCUGAGCAUGGAGUCAGAGGAUAAUGAAGAUCAGAUGGUAAAAACUUCAAAAGAUGCUGGGAGUAAGAGUUUUGAAUCUCACCAAGAAGACGUUCCCAAAGGAAAGCGGAAAGCCAGAAAACGUAAGCGACUUGCUUUACCGGGAAGAGGUGUUGUCAGGAGACGGCGUAGAGCUGGUGUUGUUAGUGAUGAUGAAAGUGAAUCAUUUUCUUAUUCUAGUGAAGAUAGUAUGUCCAGUGAAGAAGAAAUACAGGGUGGUGGGACAUCUGUAGUUGGCAGCGAGGUCUCAGCUAGUUCGGAUGAGGGGCGGUAAGACUUAGAAUGCAUCCAUGAUGCUUUAUGUGCCGUGCUGUAACUCAGUUUUUCAGAUACAAGGAGACUUAUUUGAAUGUGUAAGCUGUAACAAUAUUGUACAUAUAGGUUCCAUAGCAUAAAUUUUGUUAUAAAGUUUAGGUUAACUCCUAGGGUAGGCUGUAAAUUAGAUUCUUGAAUGUAGAAUAUCUUCUUCUGCUUGUA